CCAGCCUGAAUGACAAAAUGGAAAGUAUCUGUUAACCACACACCCACAGCUCAUUCGGAGGAAGCUGGCCAGAAGCAGUUAACCCCUAUCGCGUUUCAUAUCACCAUGACAAGAGAUCAAGAGAAGAGAAACUUGCGAGGAUUUCAAAAACGAGAGACAUAGAAUUAGAUGUCUAAAGUCUGUCUUCCAGAUAGCUAUUAGAUCAAUUAUCUUUCACCGACUAUGGACAACCUCAACUCCUCCAACACCUCCAGCUUGGACCCCACCUCCCCGGAUUCGGGCCGCCUGAUUUCGAGCAUCGUCCUGGGGUUGUGCUGUGCGUUGGGCCUCCCUGGUAACAUAGCUGUCCUGGUGUUCAUCCUGCGCGGCUCGUCCCGACGCCCCAACUUUACCCUGUGCCUCAUACUGAACCUGGCGUCCUCCGACAUCUUAUGCCUGGCCACUGUGCCCAUGUGGAUUUAUUCUCUCCUGCACGGCUGGACUCUGGGCAGUGCCACCUGCAAGCUAGCCACCUUCCUGCUCUACCUCAGCCUGUACGCGAACGUGCUAACGGUCACUCUACUCGGUGUCCAGCGCUAUCUCCAGGUGUUAUACCCGCAAAUGUGGAACCGGCUGGGGCGCAAGGGGAAGGCGGCGCUGGUCCUGGCCCUGUGGGGGCUCGCCUGCGCCCUGACUGCACCCGCCGUGACCACUCGCUAUGUGGGUGAUGGCGAGCUCAAGUGCCGGAGACACAGGGAAUCCGAUGCUGAAAGAGUAGCGGUCCUCAUCUUGGAGACCUUUCUGGGGUUUGUGGUCCCAUUCUUUGUGCUGGUCACGUCCUACUGCUGCCUCCACCGGCGGGUGAACCAGACGGCGCUGUUCAACAGCGCCAGGUUGAUGCGGCUGGUCACCAGUGUGCUGGUCGCCUUCUUUGUCCUCUAGGUCCCCGUGCACAUUGUCAACAUGGUGGACAUUGCCGGCAUGGUGCUGCGGGCUUCCCGGCCAGAGGCGUCGGCAGUGCUGCUGCGCCACAGGAGCGCGGCAGCACGUGUCGUCCGGAGCUUCACCUUUGUCAACAGCUGCCUGGACCCCUUCCUGUACGCCUUCGCCUCACGGAGGAACUGGAAGUAGCCCAAGCGGGAAGCAGGCCACAAAGAUCUGAUGUCUGAAGUCGUCCUCUGCAGGUGCGACAAAAGGGAUGUGACUGGCAUGCCAACCCAUAACUCUAACCCUACCCAUAACCAACCCCCCUAACCGUAACAAGUCCUUUCACCCCUGCUAUUUGUCCUCAACAAAACCCACAUUAUUUGGUUGCUGAAUCUGGGUCUGUAUAGCCUUUACUUUCUGUGUAUCCAUAGAUCGCCAAAGGGACUAAUCUAGGCUACCCUAUCUCCCUUCAAGCUUGACCACUGUUGGUGAAAUCCAAAAUUAUAUAGCUUCCGUGAGCUUUCUCAUGCAUGAAUAAAUUGGUAAUGUUUUCAUGA